CCACCUGCCUCGGGCACAGGUACAUUGAUAAUCACUAUAGAGGACGAGAACGACAACGCUCCCUAUGUCUUCCCCUCCAUGGCCCGCGUGUGUGAGGACGCUAAAGACAUGAAUGUGGUGGUAAUCGGGGGACGAGACAAGGACAUUCAUCCUAAUACAGAUCCUUUCAAGAUCGAGCUUGGCAAACAGCCAGGACUGGAGAAAACAUGGAAAAUCUCCAGGAUCAAUGACACCCACUCCCAGAUCAUGUUGCUGCACAGUCUGAAAAAGGCCAAUUACAACCUGCCACUGGUUCUGACUGACUCUGGAAUCCCUCCAAUAUCCAACAACACAGAAAUUAAAGUUCAGGUGUGCACCUGUAAGAAGAACAGAAUGGACUGCAGCCAUGCUGGCUCGAUCCAAACAAACCUCUUGCUACUGCUCGGUCUGGUUCUGCUCUCCAUCCUCUGCUUGUAAAUUCCACUGAUUCUUGUAGUCCUUUUGCAACACUGAAGAAAACCUUCUUCUCUUCUCCACACGCAAACUAGGCUGAGAAGACUUCACCCCCAAAAGACACUUUGCACCCUCCAUUUUUGCUCUCCUCCUUUUCAACAUCAUCUCUCUCUAUCCCCAACCUCACGGCCUCCACCUUUUCACCAGGAACUCUCUCUCUGUCCUCUCCUUCCUUCCCCUGCACUUCCUGUCUUCUCAUAUCUCUGGAAUACAUCACGGAUGGCACCGCCUUGAUGCUCCAACUCUCUCUCUCUCACUGGACAAAGAUAUAUUGGAUGGGGGCAAAGCGAUUGGACAUUUCAAUGUACUUUAGUUUACUCUGGUUAAAGACUACUGUAUUUGAUCUUGUUUACUAAUGUAAGGGAAGGACACAAAGCCUCUUUAGUCUGCAGUGGUUGUGUUUUCUUAGGGCGGGGUGGUAGUCAGAAGCCUUCAGAGUCUAAAAAAAAAAAGCAUCUCUUGCGUCUUUUAUUUUUGUUUUUUGUUCAAUUGCAUUAGUUGUUAUGGAGUGGAACACAAUAUAUCUUUAUAGUAAUGUGUGAGAUGGUGGGGGGAAAUGUACACUAUAUAUAUUUUAUUUUUUACCAAUGUACAAAUAUAUGAAUUAACUUAUGUACUUUGAUCGCUUAUUCUUUAAUGACCCCUCACGAGAAAAAAGAAAAGAACUGUAUGUUUUUGCUAAAUUUUAGGGACUAUUUCUAAUGCCAUUGAUGUUUUUUCCUCUUUUUUCAUGUACGAGAUCGUGUUUAGAGUGCGGUUCUUGAGUCUGGAGAGCGAUUUGCAGACAGAGAGCAAAUCUGUCUUGUGAUUCUUGAUUCUGAUGGUAUGGCAUUUAUUUUAUUUUUCUCUCUCUCCCCUUGGGUCAAGUCAAAGAGGCCAGGGAAAGCUGUUGAUUCAGUGUUUUUUCUUUUUUGCGCUUGUGAGAAGACAACAAAAAAGAGAGACAGAAAAAGAUAA